AUGUCACCACCCGCUGCAUGUCAAGAAGCGAGAGAGGAGCUUGUAGCCUGUUUACUAAGGACGGAUUGUGUAUUGAAAUCCGGUAAAACACCAACAGAAUGUUUACAUCACCCUUCAGAACUUCCUUUACAGUGUCAACAUCUGAUAGCUAGAUUCGCAGAUUGUAAAAAGGGUAUGCUAGAUAUGAGAAGACGUUUCCGAGGUAAUCACUUAUCUGAAUCUGCCAAAGCUGCCGCAAGAGGUGAAAUAUUGAAUCAGGGGACUGUCGAUAUCAUACCAGAUAGGAAUCCAGAUCAGGAUACAAGGCGAUAA